CUCUCUUCUUUCUUUACCCGACUGCCGCUUCCUCUGUUAAAAGGCUCAUUGUUCUCUGUUUCGUAUUUCUCUUAAUACUCUACAAUGGCUAAAACCUUUGCUUGCUUUGUCCUAUUAGCUCUCAUAGUUAGUUGCGCACUUGGUCAGGCUCCUAGCUCGGCCCCAACCAAGUCACCGCCGUCUUCUAACCCUACUCCGGCUCCCAAGGUUUCUCCAACCAUGUCUCCAACCACUACACCAACCGCAUCUCCGCCGUCAACAUCCACUCCCCCAUCUUCAGCCCCUGAAUCUUCACCAACUUCCUCUCCCACCACUUCUCCCCCAGCUCCUCCCGCUGGUUCUCCCGCUGGCUCUCCCUCUGGCUCCCCCGCUAGCGCUGUUUCUCCCACAAACUCCAUCAGCGAUACACCAGGCAGCUCUCCCACUUCUCCUACGAGUGCAGCCGCUUUGAACAGAGUCACCGUCGCUGGAUCUGCCGUUGCAGUCGUUUUUGCUGCUUUGUUGAUUUAGAUCUGACUUUCGGGGGAGGACAGGAUUUGGAUUUGAUGAUUUUUAUUUUAGGCUCAUUGUUAAUUUCUUAUUUUUAGUAGUGUAUUUCUUUUGUUUUUAUUUAUUUUUAUUUAUAUUUUGACGGUGAUGAUGAUUUUAUAUCAUGAUAGCGUGUUGCUAUUUUGACGGUUGAGAUAUGAUGAUGGCUUACUCUCGAUUGUUAUUAUAAUUAUUAUGAUUAGUUAUAUAUUUUUAUGUA